ACAAAGAACACACGCGGCGCUCAGGCCACCCGCUGCCUGUUGUCAGGCGGUGAUCUGCCGCUCCGCCUGUCAAUCAUCCGCGCCAAAGGAGUUUCGCGGCGGUCCUCAGACCCUCCCCUGCUACUCCUCCCACAACUGAUUACCCUCCUCACCCUUCCCCCCCCAACCCCACAUCGGCCUCCUUCCAUUGUUUCCAACUCUCAUCGAGUUGCAGUUUUCUGCCUGUGUGUUAUAAUCGCUGCAUUCGGAACGCUUUUGCAAUGCCUGGGAUGAUGGAGAAAGGGUCGGAAUACCUGGGGAAAGGCCGAUCCAACGGCACCAAGAGUCCGGCUGGAGCCUCUUCCAAUGGACACUAUUCUGAAGAGAGUGGCAGCGACGACGAGCACGGUGAUGUCGGAAUGCGAGUGGGCUCUGACUAUCAGGCAUCCAUUCCAGAAUUUAACCCCGGUGCUACAAAGUAUAGUGAUAAAGAAAUCGGUGGUAUGUUGGUAUGGUCCCCUUAUCAUGUCAUUCCAGAUGUGAAGUUGGAUGAAUAUAUUGCGGUGGCAAAGGAAAAACAUGGCUACAAUGUAGAACAGGCUUUGGGAAUGUUAUUCUGGCACAAGCACAACAUAGAGAAGUCAUUGGCCGACUUGCCGAACUUCACCCCUUUUCCAGAUGAGUGGACGGUGGAAGAUAAAGUUCUAUUUGAGCAGGCCUUCAGUUUCCAUGGAAAGAGCUUUCAUAGAAUUCAGCAAAUGCUACCAGAUAAAUCAAUUGCAAGUCUAGUGAAGUACUACUACUCCUGGAAGAAAACUCGAUCCCGAACAAGUUUAAUGGAUCGGCAAGCUCGAAAAUUAGCAAGUAGGAACAAUCAAGAUGAAAGUGAUGAUGGGAUGGAGGAAGGAGCUGCAAACGAUGUUACUGACAGUGAUUAUGAUCCCACUAAAGAAACUAAGAAAGAGGGUAAUCCUGAUCCGCCCAUGCAGGUCAGCAGAGUUGGUUCAGUCAGGCGUGAGCUUCCAAGUUUGCAGCAUCGUCACCACCCUCUUCGGUCCAAAUGCCGACCACCAAAAGGAAUGUAUCUUAGCCAAGAAGAUGUUGGAGCCAUGUCCUGCAGCCCAAAUGCAGCAAGUACCAUUCUUAGACAGCUUGAUAUGGAACUAAUCUCAUUGAAGCGCCAGGUACAAAAUGCCAAGCAAGUUAACAGUGCUCUGAAGCUGAAAUUAGAAGGAGGCAUAGAAGAAUUCAGACCGUCAGAGACCUCUCAGAAAAUCAAUGCACGCUGGACAACGGAGGAGCAGCUGCUUGCAGUACAAGGUGUCCGUAAAUAUGGAAAGGACUUUCAAGCCAUUGCAGACGUGAUUGGAAACAAGACUGUUGGACAAGUGAAGAACUUUUUUGUUAACUACAGACGUCGUUUUAAUCUUGAAGAAGUCCUACAGGAAUGGGAGGCAGAACAAGGAACACAAGAAUCAAAUGGAGUGUCUCCCACCUCAGGGGAUGAAGGAAAGCCUGCCUUGAUUUCUGUUCCAGCAAGAAGUCCAGAUGUAGAGGAGGAGGUUCAACCUCCUCCAGCUUCUGGCCCACCACCUCCAACUCCAGUUACUGUAGCUGUUACAUGCGUUGCUACUUUAAACCAACCUCCACCGUUACUUCGACCAGUGCUUCCUGCAGCUCCUGCUCUUCAUCGUCAGCCACCUCCACUCCAGCAACAGACUCGUUUUUUACAGCCAAGACCAACUCUUAACCAACCUCCACCUCCACUAAUUCGCCCAAGUAACCCUAUUCCACCCCGCUUGAAUCCUAGGCCAGUACUGCAGCAGCCUCCAUCGCUGAUUGGAAUCCAAUCAGAAUCGCAGCCUUCAUCUUUACAUUGACUUAAUUUUUCUUUGUUUAAUGACGUAUCUAAAACAGAAAAGUUUGCUUGUGUGGCUUUGUUUAAUUAAAGAUGCUUCACAUGGCCCAAAAUUCACCAACUAAGAUGAAUGUUUAACACUAGCUAAUUGUAUCUUGAUAUACUGCAUCUCUGCAAGUUCUUCAUUUUGGGUGAAUUGAAAUCCUGACAACACAACAUUUUAAAUUGAUGACUUGUAUGUCCACUUUUUUUUUGUAAAGAAGAUGAAGGUCAAUAAGAUUGACAUCUGAGGAACUUAAGAAAAAUGUUUUUAGCACAGUUAUUUUUGCAAGCUAGUGCACCACAAUCCUUGUUUUAUUGCCCUGUACUAAUUUAUUAUAUUUCAGAAUAGACUAUUCAGUAAAUAAAGAUUAAAACAUAAGGAAACAUUUAAGAUUGUAUUGUAUGAAAUACAGUCUUUUGAAAUUGUAUUUUUUAUGGUUAAAACUUUUUGGAUUUGACAGCAUUAACUCCUGGUUGUACAAAUCGAAAACCUGAUCCCGAGAAAGUGCACUUAAUUUAGUUCCAAAAUAAACCUUUUUGAAACACCAGUAGGACAGAAAAUUAAACUUAAUUUAUUAGAUAUAUUGCAUAUAAUUUGAAUUUUGUAAAAUAUAACAUUUCUGAAAGUGAGAUAGUUGCUGCAUUUUAUUGGUUUUCAUACCAAAGAGGUGCAUUUGGUCUAGGAUAACUCCAGAUAAUCUUCCUGUUGAUUAAAAUUUCACUAAAGUUAAAUACCUGAUCUCAGGUAAUCAAAACCUGUCAUUACUCCUACCUUUUUAAACAUGUGUUUAUAAAAUGAUUAAUAGUUAUUAAAAUGUGGCAAUUGCUGCAUUUGAAUAACAAAUAGAUAUUUUAAAUUCAUGAUGUUACAUUUCUUUUAAACUGAGGUGAUUAUCUCCGAAGGUACAAGUACUGCGUCCUCUUCACACACAGAUGAACAUCACUAAGGGUACAUUCAUCAUGUUAUCAAAUCGAUGUUAUUAAAAUUAUUGAGAAUGAUGGCCAGGAAUAGGUCCUAGAACAGUUAUCCCCAAGUCAGGAGAUCAUGGGUCUGAGUUGUAAUGGUAUCCAUAACUGGAUACUACUGAACAUCUUUGAGUGUGAACUUUUAGUUUUCAGUCUAGCCAGUAGAUUGAAUAGUGGAAUACGAUAGAAUACUUACUGUGAGGGGAAAGUGGCCAGGCUCGCCCAGGCACAAUUGCCUUACUUUAGAAAUGUGCCUCCAGUUGUCUCUUGGCAGAAGGCCAUUAACCAUGAUCAUGUACUAGAAGACAGUCCACAGAAUAAUUCUCUCCCAGCAAAAAGCACAUGCAAAUUGUGCCAUGUAGGGAAAUAGUGGGAGCUGGUGUGGGAAUUUUUAAAUAGUUAAUUUUUAUUAAAAAUGGCUUGAGACUGUGUAUUGAUAUGCAUUAAUUCUUUUUCAGUGUAAGAUGUUUAAAAAUACUAAAAUGAAAUUAUACUGUAAUUUGUAGAAAAUAGCACAAAGAAGAACCUAUAAAACCUCAAAGUAGUUUACUGUAUAUAAUGUCAUGAAUUUUGUCUUAUUUUAGUUUUAGUUUGUAGUAUGUGUAACAACUGUGCAUGUACAGUCAGAGCUUCCUUAUUUAUCUGUUAAGUCAGACAUUCUGCAUGUACUUUAAGCAGUAUUUUUUAGUGUGAGAAAUUGUGUGCUUGCUCCUUUUGCUGUAUUAAACUUCUAUCUGGAAAUACA